AGGGAAGAUUCUCCCUUCACUGCCACUUCAGAUCUUCUUCGUCCCUACAUCUUCUCCGAACUUCAAAACCCUAAUCCCGAGGCAUCACUGCUCUUGUACUUCGCUGCGGAGCUUCAGUCGCCAUUGGACUGAUACCUAUGGCUACAGUGCCCGACAGUUCUUCUUCUAAGAGGUGGCUUCCUCUCGAAGCUAAUCCCGAUGUCAUGAAUCAGUUCUUGUGGGGCCUUGGUCUCCCAGAGAAUGAGGCGGAGUGUUUUGAUGUUUUUGGGUUAGAUGAAGAACUUCUAGAAAUGGUGCCAAAGCCCGUGCUGGCCGUUCUAUUUCUGUAUCCCCUGACCUCUCUGAGCGAGGAAGAGAGGAUGCAGCAGGACAAAGUGCAGAGGGAAUACAGCAAUAAAGUCUACUUUAUGAAGCAAACUGUGGGCAAUGCUUGUGGAACAAUUGGACUUCUUCAUGCCGUUGGGAACAUCACUUCAGAGGUCAAUCUUGUUGAGGGAUCGUACUUGGAUAAGUUCUUCAAGUCGACCUCAAGUAUGGAUCCACAUCAGCGAGCAGCUUUUCUUGAAAAUGACAGAGAUAUGGAAGUAGCUCAUUCAGUGGCAGCUACUGCUGGCGAUACUGAGGCAUCAGAUAAUGUGGACACUCACUUUAUAUGCUUUUCAUGCGUGGAUGGUGAACUUUAUGAACUUGAUGGAAGAAAGUCUUGCCCGAUAUCGCACGGUCCCUCCUCACCAAGCACCUUAUUGCAGGAUGCAGCAAAAGUAAUACGGGGUAUGAUUGAGAAAAAUCCGGAAUCACUCAACUUCAAUGUCAUAGCUGUCUCAAAGAAGGCCGGGGGCAACUUCUAAGAUCGAACAACUUGAGCGGGCUUAUCUAGUUGCUCACAUGUUUUCGAUACCUCAAGUGGGAACCUCUCCUUUUAUCUUCCCUCUACAAGUUUGAAGAUCGGUGCACUCAUGAUCUGAAUGAAUUAUUAGCUCCUAGGGAGAACUUUCAUAUCGAUUGAUCUCGUCCGAGUUACUUGAAUGUUUCAUGAUUCUGCGUGGAGGUGAAAACCGUCUUGUUUGGGUAAAAACGGAAAAGACGAAAUUUCACGAGAGUGAUCAAGAAGGUCAACGGAUGAGAGGCAAUUUGACCUGCUAGAAAGAUGGAAACUUUCUUUGUACAACUUACCUGUGAUCUAGACACGGGUUUUUCAACCCUCCCGCGUCGACAGACAGUUAAAAAUGUCAACCAUCAGAUGGGAACAAUAAGGAAGGCCGAGGUCUGAAAUCCCCCACCAAGUCAAUGGCGGGAAAACGCAGGAGAGGAGGAUCGGUUCAGGAAGCUGGUGGAUCAGGUCGCUGUCUUGCAGCGGCAGUCUUUCGCUUCCGCUUGAGCUGUUUUCUGAUGAUUCUCGGGACUGGUGAUGGAGCCCGCGGGAGAAUUUGGGCUGUUGCUACCAUUCACUCUCUAUCUAGUUAAGCCGUGUUGUAGAUGUUGGGUUGGUGACCGUAAUCUUAUUACAGUAUCGUUGGGGUUCGAGAGUGGGUCGAUGACUAACUGUAAUCGUGCAAGAUUACUAUCACUUGCAGCGUAAGGUGCUCUUUCUCGGGCACCUCGAACCUUUUGGUGUGCGUCAACUGUCAAGCGAUAUCCCUAGAUAUAAGGUUGGUUUGA